UGGAGUACAGUGCUGGUUGUGUGUUGCUAGUACUGGCGUUUGAUUCUUGUCAUCAAGAGUUGAGGGUGCUACUGUUAUGUCAGAAUGAUGAGUGGAACGACUGUGAUAGUGACCGGCGCUAACAGCGGCAUAGGAAGAGCCACAACAGCGGGCAUUGUGAAGCUCGGCGGCCGGGUUAUAAUGGCCUGCAGAGACGUCAACAGUGCGGAAGAGGCAGCACGGGAGAUCCGACAAGAGACGGAUGCAGACAGCAAACUGUUAGUUGUCAAAGAACUGGAUCUCGCCUCAAUUUCAUCUAUACGCACGUUCUGCCAGGGCAUAAUGAAGGAAGAGCCUCGGUUAGAUGUGCUGAUAAAUAAUGCAGGGGUCUACCAGUGUCCUUACACCAAAACUGAGGACGGCUUUGAGCUGCAGUUUGGGGUCAACCAUUUGGGCCAUUUCCUGCUCACCCACCUGUUGCUGGACCUCAUGAAACGAUCUGCACCCAGCCGUAUAGUUGUGGUCUCCUCCAAACUCUACAAACAUGGUCACAUCAACUUCGACGACUUGAACAGUGAACGGAACUAUGACAAGGCGUUUGCCUACAGUUGCAGCAAACUAGCCAACUUGCUAUUCACCUGUGAGCUGGCCCAGCGACUGGAGGGGAGUGGGGUGACUGUAAAUGCUCUUUCUCCUGGUAUCGUGAGGACUAAUCUGGGACGGCAUGUCCAUGUCCCAGUGGUAGCCAAACCCUUAUUCAACCUGCUGUCCUGGGGCUUAUUUAAGAGCCCUGAACAAGGAGCUCAAACGUCACUAUAUUUAGCCUGCAGCCCAGAUGUACAGGAUGUCCAAGGAAAGUUCUUUUCAGACUGUCAGCCUCAGGUUCUUCUUGACAAGGCCACGAACUGCGAAGUUGCCAGCAAAUUGUGGGACAUAAGUGAAGUCUUGGUUGGAAUUCUUAAAUGAUUAGAUGUGUGCCUUCAUACAGGAUGUGCAAAUAUUUACAAAUUCUUCCAAUACAAAUAUUAUUUUUUUUUCUUAUUACUUCUUCCCUUAAUUAAUAAAAUAUAGUUUUUCCGAAAAUGUAGUUCAUUGAAUGAUCGAUGACUGCAAUCGUCGCAUUUGACUCACCCUUUGUUGAAAAGACAUUGUAUGCGAUGACAUAAACUGAUAUAUAUUUAUAUUUUUGGUCUACAUUGUUCUCACAGUGGAAAUAAAAAGUCUACACACCCAUGUUCAAAUCCCAGGUUUUUGUGAUGUAAAAAAAUUUGCUCAAGAUAAAUCAUUUCAAAACUUUUUGUACCAUUAAUGUUGACCAAUAGCUUGUGGUACUCAACUGAAUUUUAUAAAAUCUUGAUGAAAAUUAAUGAAGAAAUAACUGAAAUAAUGUUAGUUGCACAAGUGUUCACACACUCAUAACUGGGAUCUAGCUGUUCAGAAUUAACCAAUCACUUUCACCUUCAAUAAAUGGGCGUCAACACACACCUGCCACUAUUUGAAAUGCCUCUGAUUAACCCCAAAUAAAUUUCUGGUGUUCUCGUAAGCUAUUCCUAACAUUUAUUUUUUGCUUUCUACCAGAAGCCUGGAGGUUUUUCUGCCUAAUAUUUCAAACUGUUUAUAAUUCCUCUCACCUUGUG